AGUUGUCAGUAGAGGAGGGAGGAGAGCGCCGGCCGGUCGGCUCCUGGAAGUCAUGGACGGAUUGCAGGCACUGCACUGCCCGGAGCCCGCUCUCUCCCGGGGGGAUCACCAGGACUGGAGCGGACAGUGAUCGGCAGAUCUCCGGUGUGGGACCCCUAUAGUAUCGGGAUUACAGGGCGGAGAUCUGCUGUACAGCCCGGAGCUCCGCUCAUUCUGCAGUCUCACUGCGCUGGGCUCAGCCUCUGUACACUAACGGGAUCGGUCCUACAAGUGGGGUCCGGGGCCCCGGAUAGAGAUCAGACAUUCCAUGGGGGCCCCCCAGCACUGACACUGCCCCACCUGGGGGCCCCAUACACUGGAGCGGUAUGACAUUUGUGGACUCGGUCAGGAUCACAGCUCUGGAGAUGGAGAAAUAUUACAGCCUGCAGCAGGCUGGCUCUCGCCUGGACUCCCUGCUAGAAGACACAGCAGCCCCCAUCUGUGCCAGGGACAUCACUGAUCUGCUGAUGAAAGAACUGGCUUUUCUGUCAGGUGGUCGGGGGAAGGAUGACGGCUGGAUCAUCACAUUUCCUGAAAACACCGCGUUCCACGAAGUUCCCGAUAGUGUGCUAAAAACUGUUUUGACUUAUCUGACCUCCAUUCCAAGUAAACAUGAGAAUGAUGUAAAAUUCAUAAUCAUAUUGGACAGAAGAUUGGAUACAUGGACGUCUGUGAAACUGACUCUCCAGAAAUUAUCUCAUUCAUUUCCUGGAAACCUUCAUUUGGUUUUGGUCUUGAGGCCAACUGGAUUUUUCCAGCGCACCUUCACUGACAUUGGAUUCCGAUAUAGUCAAGAGGACUUCAUUCUCAAGCUCCCGGUGGUUAUGAUAAGUUCUGCAUCUGACUUAUUAAAGUACAUAGAUGAAAAGCAGUUGACACCAGAAUUCGGAGGCACACUUGAAUACCGACAUAGGGAUUGGGUUGUCUUUCGAACGGCCAUUGAAGGUUUUGCGUUGACAGUGAAGGAAAUUGCUCAGAUGCUGCAGGCCUUCGGUACAGAAUUGGCUGAGACAGAAUUACCCGGCGAUAUAUAUUCAAUUGAACACAUUCUAGCAAACCGCACGGAAAAAUACUGCCAGUUGAAGAAAGACAUCACAUCUGUAAUGAGAGAAGGGGGAUUAUUACUGAACAGUUUUGAAGGACAAAGCAUAAGUUUUGUCAGUGGACAGCAAGUCUGUGAAAAACCUGGAGACUGCGAUACCGUGAACAGGCUUUUAGCACAGUUACAUGAGAUGGAAUGUGCAUUUGAUGGAUUUUGGGAGAAACACCAGCAGAAAAUGGAGCAAUAUUUGGAACUGUUGAAAUUUGAACAGCACUUUGAAGAGCUGAAGAGCACCAUUGAAUUUUUGAUGGUACAACAAGCAGGACUUUCAGAUACAGGGGAGAAUUUAUCUGAUGUCAGACAACGCCUGAUGGAGUUAAAUAAUAUAGAUGAAAGAGCACAGGAGUUAACAUCAAGGUCUCAGUUGGUGAUACUACAUGGCCAUCAGUUAGCAGCAAAUCAUCACUAUGCACUCAAUUUGAUCUGCCAGCAAUGCAACGAGUUGAGACAUGCAUCGGAUGUUUUAUUGGAGGAGAUAAAAAGGAAAAAUUCUCGUCUCUGUAAUACACAAGAUCUCCAUGUCCAGCUACAGCAGGCUUUAGAAUGCUGUGACCAAGGGGCGUAUUUUCUAGCUAACCAGCAAAUGGACAAGUGCCAGUCUAGGGAUGGUGCACAGAACGCUUUACAAGACAUAGAGAAGUUUCUGGAGAGCUGCACACUUGGUUUUGACCCACAAAGCCUGAAGCAUAACUAUGAGACUAUUCUAACGGAUGAACUGCAGGCUCACAUUGAGGCUGUUCAGGUGAAGAUGGAAAACAUGCAAGAUUUAUUUGAAAACCGGCAGGCUAGCCUAAAGAAGUUGGCUGACAAGCAUGUACGCCCAGUGCAGUUAGUGGCUCCUCGACCUGAGAAUCCCCCCAGAGCAAAGUCUCCCCUGUUCUCCCCAAAGCAUGGUAUGGAUUUCAAUUCAAGUCUCAAGUUCUCAUUUGACAUAACGUUGCCAGGGAAACGGACCACACGGAAAAUGCAAACUUCUCGCAAGAUUGAGGUGAUGCAUGACUAUCAAGAGAAAAGAAAUUCCUUACAAUUUUUUAUAUCAGAAAGUGAAGACAGUUUAGACAUACUUAAAGGGCAUGUUAUCCAUGAGCUCAUAGAGACUGAACGGAUCUAUGUAGAAGAACUUUAUACUAUUUUACUGGGGUAUAGAUCUGAGAUGGAGAAUCCAGCAAUGAUUCGAUUAAUGCCACCUUCUUUGAGGAAUACGAAGAAUAUUUUGUUUGGAAAUAUGCCAGAAAUUUACGAGUUCCACAACAAAAUAUUUCUACUGAGCCUUGAAAGCUGUAUUGAAGCACCCGAAAGAGUGGGAUUCUGUUUCUUAGAAAGGAGAGAAGACUUUCAAAUGUAUGAAAAGUACUGCCACAAUAAACCUCGGUCAGACUCCCUCUGGAGACAGUUUGCAGACAGUGUUUUCUUUCAGGAAUGCCAAAGAAAAUUGGAGCACAAGCUUGCUUUAGAUUCAUACCUACUUAAACCAAUACAACGCCUAACAAAAUACCAGCUGCUACUUAAGGAAUUGCUGAAGUAUAGCAUUAAUUCAGAAGGAGGUCAGGAAUUACAAGAGGCAUUAGUGUCUAUGUUGGAUUUAUUAAAAUCUGUGAAUGAUUCUAUGCAUCAAAUUGCAAUUACAGGAUACAAUGGAGACAUAAAUGAUCUGGGCCGAAUACUUAUGCAGGGUUCCUUCAGUGUGUGGAUCGCCCAUAAAAAAGGACCAACAAAAAUGAAGGAACUUGCUCGUUUUAAACCAAUGCAGAGACAUCUAUUCCUUUAUGAGAGGGCACUGGUUUUCUGUAAAAGGAGGGAGGAACAUGGAGAUGGACAUGAUAAAACUCCAUCUUACAGCUUCAAACACUUUCUAAAGAUGAAUGCGGUUGGCAUCACAGAAAAUGUGAAGGGGGAUAAUCGCAAGUUUGAAAUUUGGUACAGUGGACGAGAAGAGGCUUAUGUUGUACAGGCUCAGACAGCAGAACAGAAGGCGGCAUGGUUGAAUGAAAUUCGGAAGAUACUGACCAAGCAAGGGGAACUUAUGAAAGUAGAGAAACAGAAACAGAAUUCGUUCUCAGACCAGGUUGUGCUGUCACCACAAAUCAGUGAGGGAAGAUUACAGAGGCUGUCAGUAAGUUCUGAAGAAAAUGACUCUGAGAAUAACAGUCCCGUUACACUGGAUAGCUUAAAUAUCUCACCUCAGCAUAAACCACACAAAGGUUGGACUGGAAUGUCCCAGUCUUUAGAGAUCUGUGAAGGACUUGAAGGCUGGUCAAGCUCAUGUGCUUGUUCUGACACAGAAGAGGAGGACAUAGUACAGUUGUCUCCUGGCAGAUAUAAAGCACUGGCUGACUGCAAGAAGAGGGGAUCUGAUGACGUACUGGUGAGAAAUGGGGAUGUUAUCCAACUUUUGCAGGAGGAUGCUGAGGGAAAAUGGUUAGUGAAGAAUUUGAACAGGAAAAAAGAAGGUUGGAUUCACGGAAACAACUUGCAAAUCAUCAUCGGUGAAUGCAGGAUCCGAGCUUCUAAAUUAACAGAUGCUGCCCUGUGUACCACAAGGAAGCUAAGUUCUCCAUAGAAAGACGGGUGGAAAUAACUGCAUCUUACCUGGGGCUUCAGCAAGAGACAUUGUUACAUAGUAAUGUUACAGCAAAUUGAACUAAAUUAAAUUCAACAGCCAUCUGUGACCAUUAUUCAAAAACCCACGUACAUUUUUCAUAACAUGGGACUCUUUUAUCGAGCUUAUUUUGUAAGACGGUUGCUGUAAAUUGGAAGGUUCCAUUUUUAUUGUGCUCCAUAGCAUCACCAUUGUAUUUUUCAUCUUGGCAAAAGAAAUGUUUUUAACUCUAUGUAAAUAUAUGUGCUGAUGUUUCUAGACAAUGCAUUCCAAGCUCAUCAUGUGUUUUACCAUUUUGGAGUAAAAUACUUGCACUAGACUCGUCAUACUUGUAUUCCUCUAACAAGGAUUCCCUCUAGAGGACAGCUUCAACAUUACCUCCUUUAUAUGAACUGAACACUGGAAGACUAUGAAUGAUUCUGAACGUUCCACGUUGUUGCCACUACCUGCAUUGUCUGGUUAAAUGUGACACAUUGCAAUAAAAGUCUUAAUCAUUCUUCCA